CAGAACUCAGCUUCAUUUCCAUCCGUUAAACGUAGGACAUUCUUGAACCUUACUUCUGUGAGCGACCGUCCAUUUUCAAUUCAUCUUCUCCAUUCAAAAAUAAAAUCAACUUCUUUUCCGUUCAGAAACUCGAGAAAGCCCCCAACAUGGUUGAUGAAUGACCAUUUAGAAAGUCGAUCAAGAGCCCCCAAUAAUCUAGCUAUGAAACUUGGGACCUGGUAUUGAAUAAUUCUUGAUUGUUUGACAUCCUUUUGAUCGGAGUAGCUGAAGUUGGUGAAGAAAUAAGGCUUAAAAUUUGGUUCCAUGUACCAUGGUGAAUUGGUGACACACAAAAUAAUGCUACUUUAACUCAUGGUGCUGCUGAAGUAUGGAUAUUAUUGUGUAGUUAAAAUAAUACGGAGUAUGAAUUAAAAUAAGCAGGCAAGGAAAAGUUCUCUUCUACCCCAACAAUAAGGCAGUAUCUUGGAUCUCAUGAAGUGGAGCAGCAUCACCAAUCAGCAAUUUCCUGAUUUCAGUUAGGAUUGGAAUUGGAUCAGGAAAUUCACGACGUUAUCAGUAGGUGUGCAUGAAAAAAGACUAAUCAAGCAUGGUGAAACUAGCGACAGCAAGAGAUUGCCGGACUUACGGCCCCGGGGCAUCCCGGAACCGAUCGGAAUACAUCAACGCCGGCCUGUAUCUCUUCUCCACGAUCGUGCUGCUGUGCGGCUUCGCGGCCGAGCUGUCGAGGGAGCCGAAGUCCGGCCUCGUGCUCUUGCUCUUUGCUUUGGUGCUCGUCGCCGUAGUGAAUAUCCAUGAUCUUGUAGCUCAUCUCGCCGGGAUUGAUUACCGGAUCUGCUUGUUUGCUUAUGACCCGCAGCUCGCCCUCAUCGAGUUCGCCGCCCCGCUGAUGCACAUUCUCGGCUGUGUUUGUUCUUUCCUCGGAAUUCUGUUCCUUUUCAUUAAGGCAGAGAAGGGCAGUGAUCAGUUCAUGGAACUGGAGAAGCAUGGUUUAAACCUAUUGAUAGCAGGGCCUGCACUAUGGCUGCUUGGUUCAAUCCUCAACUCAUGCCAGAUAUACGAGAGAGCGGGCGGGCACGUUCAGAUUCUGCAACAAAGCGUCCACAUUCCGUUCCUGAUGGCGAGUUUGCUGCUUCUGGUUGGAGCCAUUCUCAAUUACAAUGACACCCAAAACCACCAUCAUCAACAUGUUGCACACCACAGCCGCUUCAAAUCAUUAUUGGGUGGGAAGUGGGUGUGGUUGGGUAUAUGCGGGAGCCUAUUACUUUUUGCCGGGGGAUUGGCAAACGUUGUCAAAGUGUUCAAAAUGCAGCAGAUGGAUGGGGAAAUGAGGCUGGAAAAGCUCAGGGGAGGUGCUCAAGAUCGAUUGGUUCGUGAAAGGGACGGCCGUGGAAUGCCUCUCAUUUCUGGCGAUUUUCCGCCUCUUAUAGCCGACGACGGCUGCAGGUGGAGAAGAGAUCGUCAGCCUGUUGAGGAGGGUCAACAGGCGGCAGCCACCACUCCCACUCCGUACAAGGAUGUUCUUGUCAGUGAUGUUUGAUCAUUGGAAAAUUAUGUUUGUACACGACCAUUCUAUACCUUUUGCAUACAUUUUAUAUUUUGUCUAUGUUUUGUUGGUGUCAUGGACAAUUUGGGCACGUACAAUGACUAAAAUAUUACUUAUGGACUUUGAAUGGACA